AAACAUCUCGGUCAGAAGAGAACCAGCUCGAAAAAAAUCACAACAGCCUGCAAGAUCAACCUCAACGAAGAUCCUCAUUCUCCAAGAUGAGACACUCUGUCCUCUCCAUCUCCUUUGCCGUGGCACUUUUCUUGGAGUGCUACACACCGUCCACGGCGAUCCCCAUCGGCAAGACGGACGACGUCGCCUUGGAGCAAGAUACCCUAGACUCCCUACUGAGUGUAGAGGUGGCUGAAAACAGCCCUGAUUCAGUCAGAGGCAGGAGCUCCAAGGUUGUCUUGUUGGCAGACUCUGGCCUGUGGAUGAACCUAAACAGAGGACUUCCUUUCUACAAGCUGAGAGCUGCAGCCGCCGGGCCUGACAGAGCCCUGACUAUGGACCGCAGAGAGGCUGGCCAGGACCUGAGCCCAAGCAUCUCCAUUGUCAGGAGGGACACCAUGAGGUGUAUGGUGGGAAGGGUGUACCGGCCCUGCUGGGAGGUGUAGAGGUGACCAACGAGAUCGUCUCAUCUCAUCAUCCAUCUGCCAGCCAGAUUACCCUUCUGUAUCUUAAAUUGUAUAAUAUGAUCUUUCGCUUUUGAGAAUAUGUAUUCAUGUAAUUACAUGAACUGAUAUUUGCAAUUAAAAAGACAGAACACUGCAUUUGA